GUAAGGAGCACAUCAGAAGUAGGAGCAUCAACUGCCACUGAUGACUGCUCUCUCUAUGAUCACUCUAAGCUACAAGAAAAGGAUGUGAACGAAACUCCUCACACCACGACAGCCUCAGAAACAGAGCCAGAGAGUUGUGAACCAGAAACACCUGGUUUAGGAGUUGAUGAUGAAACUCCAGAGUGCAACAACGUAAAUGCAGUGGAUGAUGACGACUGCUCAGAGAAGAAUAUGGCACAUGCUUCUGUGGAUCACCACAACUCCUUGGCUCCUCUUGUAAACGAAAUUUCAGAUGAGUCAACAGUACUUGUGGAGUGUCCAGGUCAGAAAGAGCCCAAGAGCCUCACGCUUGAAGAAGCCACUGAUGCAAUACUGUUCUGCAGCUCCAUUGUCCACGACCUAGUUUACCAAGCUGCGUCAAUAGCCAUGGACAAAGGAAGGGAUGUGGCGGGAACCGAAGAAGAAGAAGAAAUAUUGCGUCCAACAGUGACAGUACUUGGAAAGUCAAAUGCGAACAGGAGUAGUUACACAAGCGGUGGUGGUACAAAGACUAAUAAGAAACAGAGUUCCAAAGUGGCCAAAGCGAGUCGGAAGCAAAUGGAAACAGAGGAGAAAACAGAGGUACAUAUAGAGAAUGAUGAGAAUGCAGGGGAAGCAGCAGGGAUGAUGAUAAGUAACGUUGGAGUUCUUCCUAGUAAUAAUAAAGCAGAUAAUUUGAAACCUCCUCCUAAGCUGGAGAAUAAAUGCAAUUGCUCUAUUAUGUGAUUUUUUUUGUUUUUACUAGUAAAGUUUUUAAUUAUGUUUGUUCAUAAAAUUUGUAGUUGGUUGUGUUGUUGUUUGGGUAUUUACGUUUGCUGCAGCUAAUUUGUGAGAGGAAAGCACAUGAUUUCGGUUGCCUUAUUACUAAUGGUAUGAUUUGAUUAUUAUGACUAAUAAAAACCCGUUUACUGUUUUUUUAA